GUAAAUCUGCAAUUUGCAUGGAGUGCAUGCAUUUAUAGUGGUACCCAUCUGGAUUCUGGACUCACUCAAACGGUUCAAACCAGCUACAGGGACACUGUGUUUGCCCCUGUAAAAGUCUAGACAGUCCUUACAGAAUAUCGUGUCAUGGGUUGUAUGCCUGAGGCUGAGGGAUACAAUAUAAUUCAUUACUGUGUCAUCACUGUGGUGCAAUAUCCUUUACUAUAAAUACAGCCUGUUAGUGAAGCUACCGGGUGAGUGGUUAUGUCUAAAGCUACAAAGAGGAAGCACGUCACAAAAGAGGUGCUAGAGGAACUGGUUGAACCAGAGGGGGACCAAUUUAUCGUUAAAAUUCAGGGAGGUAGAGGAAACAAUCUCCACGAAGCUGAAUCCCCUGACGGUCAGAAGUUUCUUGUCAGCAUGCCAACAAAAUUUAGGCGAAACGUAUGGAUAAAGAGAGGGGACUUUGUUAUCGUCGAUCCAAUAGCCGAAGGAAAUAAAGUUCAAGCUGAGAUAGCUCACAUUUUAUACCCGCUACAAAUCAAGAACUUAAAAAAGAAUGGACUAUGGCCGUCUCAUUUUACAGACAAAGGCACUAGUCCUGUCUGUACAGGCCUAGAUAACCCAAGAGAGAGAAGUGAUCUUGAAACCAAUACGUCGCCAGCAGCCAGUGAUAGCAAUGAUGAAGAGGAGGUGACAGAGGAGGAUGACGAUAUAUUUGUAAAUACAAACAGAGUUCACGCUGCCACACACAGAAAUACCAGCAGUAGCUCGUCAGAUGAGAACGGGGGAUAACGGAUCGUGGAUUGCCUGUAAUUGAGACUUGGCAAUGUGUUAUGUGUGUAUAAUACCAAGAGUAAAUAAUUAUAAUUCGUGGAUAAGAUAGCGAUAAUUAAGCUCGAA